AUCAAUGUUGUAAACCGCUUGCCAGCGUGCAAUCGAAAAGUCAUCGAUUUUUGUUCCAGCUCUAUUUUCUGCGCAAUUCUUUUCGUAUAAUAUAAUUCGAUUAAACAUAAAUAAAUAAACCCAAGCGAAAGUAAAUAAACCUGUUAAUGCGCACCAUCUUCCUUCGGAGAUCGCUCACGAUAGUUGUACGGUUUUUAUUUUGUCCCGCCCUCGACCUAAGCGGCCCAGGCGGCGUGUUUUCCCUGUGUUCUUUUUAACCGUAUUCGGGAAAUGGUCCGCGAUCCGUAGGCGGAAAACGUGGAGAAGAGGAACGAGGAAAGAAAAGCAGGAAAACGCGGAGCGGAGCUGAGGAGCCGCUGGCGGUGGUGGAGGUGCGGAAAGUGCGAAAAGUGUUUGGGGUUAUGUGCUAGAGUCCCCUCGGGGGGAUUUUUAGCUGCUUGAAUCCGCGACCGAGACGUAAUCGCUGCGGGAAAUCGCUCGCAUUGAGCUGCACCCUCUCCUCGGCAAACGGAAAAAUAAAAAAAGCAAUACAGCGAGAAACGAGAGAAACAAAAGGCACGCAGAACAUGACAAGUGCCGUUCGCGCUAAGUCCGCCACUGCCGCAGUCGGCGUCGCAGUCGACGAAAGCAGCGGCAGCAGCAACGGCAGCGUCGGGGAUCAGGAUGUGGCCUCCAGCAAGGAAGCCGUCCUGCGCUAUCUAAUCCGCACGAGAUACGAGCAAUAUGUAUUCGCACCGUGGGACGAUCCCAUAAUCUUGAUAAUUGAGCAACUGGAGCACAUCGAGCACCGUCGAUCCGCCGCAUUGGGGAACCAGGUGGCCAUCGGCCGUGACCCAUCUCAGGAAGACUCUCUGAACGACCUGGGUAAGGUGAUUAGCAACAUGAGGCAGGACCAGUCACUGGUACCAAUCGUGAAGCACAUCGAGCAAAUAUCCGACAUUCAGGCCUCCAACGGCCAGGAACUGGCCUCUCUCGGUUCUUUGAGGGAGCUGAUCCAGACUAUCAGAGAAGAGUGGCCCCGGGACGACUCUAUCAAACAGCGGCUGAAGGAAAUACAGAUCCUGGGCAUGCCGCCCGUGUGGAACUUAUGCUUCGGCGAGCGUAUCCGCGACGACAGAUGCCCGCUCUCCCUGCAGACCAAGCGGCACAAGGAGCGCAUUCAGGCCAUGAUGUACGAGCGACAGACGUGGCGCAUCCGCGAGCGCAUGAAGACGGCAAGUGUGGCCCUGGUUCUAUGCCUCAACAUCGGCGUGGAUCCGCCGGACGUGGUCAAGAUCCAACCUUGCUCACGGCUUGAGUGCUGGAUAGAUCCCAGCUCGGUGUCCCCGCCAAAGGCCAUGGAACUCAUUGGGAGCAACCUGCAGAUGCAGUACGAACGCUGGCAGCCAAGGGCCCGGUACAAGAAGUGCAACGAUCCCACCGUGGAUGACGUUAAGAAGCUCUGCACCUCCCUACGCCGGAACGCCAAGGGGGAGCGCAUACUCUUCCACUACAACGGACACGGAGUGCCCAAGCCCACAGCCAACGGGGAGAUCUGGGUGUUCAACAAGACUUUCACGCAGUACAUCCCCCUGAGUAUAUUCGAGCUUAUCACUUGGAUGUCAGCGCCCUCCAUCUACGUGUAUGACUGCUCCAACGCCGGGAUCAUCAUCAAUUCGUUUCAGCCAUACGCUAAGCAGCACGAGGAAGAACUAGAGAAGGCGCUGGCCGCCGCCCAGCAGAGGGGUGGUGUCCAACAGUUAGUAGGCGGCUCUGGUGGUGCCGCCAAUGUAGCCGCCAACCAGGUGCAGUUAACCAACCAGAUGGUCAGUUACAAGAACUGUAUACACCUGGCGGCCUGUGCUGCAAACGAGAUUCUUCCGAUGAAUGCCCAGUUGCCGGCGGAUCUUUUCACCAGCUGUCUGACAACACCCAUUAACAUAGCGCUCAAGUGGUACGCCAUGCAAGAAAAGCUGGGCAUGGUACCGCGUAUUCAGAGCGAACUAAUCGACAAGAUUCCAGGCAAGGUCAACGACCGGCGCACUAUGAUGGGUGAGCUCAACUGGAUCUUCACCGCCAUUACUGACACGAUAGCAUGGAACACACUUCCCCGCGAGCUCUUUCAGCGCCUGUUUCGCCAGGAUCUGCUGGUGGCCAGCCUGUUCCGUAAUUUCCUGUUGGCCGAGCGCAUUCUGCGCAGCCACGACUGCACACCAGUUUCCCUGCCUGCCCUGCCGCCUUGCUAUCGCCAUCCGAUGUGGAAGGCCUGGGAUCUGGUGGUAGAUUUGGCUCUACAGCAAUUGCCGGAGAUCCUCGACCACAAUGCGCCGUACCGCCAGCUGCCGUUCUUCGAGCACCAGCUUACGGCCUUCCAGGUUUGGCUGGACAGCGAAUCGGAGUCGAGAACACCACCGGAACAGCUGCCUAUUGUGCUGCAGGUCUUACUGUCGCAGGUGCACCGUCUAAGGGCCCUGGAGCUGCUGGCUCGCUUUCUGGAUCUUGGUCCGUGGGCCGUUAAUCUCGCCCUGGGCGUGGGCAUCUUUCCAUACGUGCUCAAACUGCUACAGAGUUCUACGCGCGAACUGCGACCCGUUUUGGUGUUCAUUUGGGCCAAGAUCCUGGCCGUGGAUCCCAGCUGCCAAGUGGAUCUGGUCAAGGAAUACAAGUACUUCCUCUCCGUGCUGCAGGACACCUCCGUUUCCAAGGAACACCGUACACUGUCCGCCUUUGUACUGUCCUCCAUAGUGCACAACUUCCUGCUGGGACAGACGAGCGCGCUUCAGGGUCCCCUACUGUCUAUUUGCCUGGAGCAGCUGAACGACGGAAGCUGGCUGCUGCGCCAGUGGCUAGCCAUCUGUCUUGGCAUGCUGUGGCAGAACUUUGAGAAGGCGCGUUGGUCGGGAGCACGCGACCUCGCGCACGAGAAGCUGUACGUUCUGCUGCGGGACUCGAUUCCGGAAGUAAGAGCCGCUGCCGUCUUCGCCUUAGGCACAUUUAUUAGCUCCGUGACGGAUCGUAGCGAGGAGCAGGCCAAUAACAUCGAUCGCAUCAUUGCCAUUACCAUGCUCGAAACCGUGGGCGAGGAUAUGUCGCCGCUGGUCCGCAUGGAGCUGGCCGCCGCCCUGCAAUGGAUGGUGGUGCUCUUCGAGUCACAAUUCGUGGCAGUAUAUCUAGCCGAGCACAUGCGCGGUCACGUCUCCGCCGCCUCAUUCGUGAUGUGCCCCGAUCCCCGAGAUCUGACGUCUUCCACGCACAGCCUGGAGCGUCAUGUGACCAUCCGCAGGGGAGCUAGCUCCAGCUCCAUAUCCAACAUGGGUGGUGCGUCAACAAGCUCAGGAACAGGAUCAUCCAGCAACCCUUUGGGUCGCUCGAAGAGUGGCUCUGGCAGUUCGGGCGGAAGAGGAGCAGCCGGAGCUGCGGGCGGUACUAACAGCAUACCCUUCCAGUCAAUCUUUACCAAGCUCUGGCUGGGCAUCUGCAAUCUGGCCCAGGAUCCGUUUCCUCGUGUAGCGGCCAUUGCCCAGGAGAUUGUUGAACAUGUCAGGGACACGGCACUGUGUCCCAUCAUGGCCGCCAAGGAAGCGACCAUGGCCAAUGCCUCGGAGAAAUGCAGCAGCCUAAGUGUGAGCCUCCCUCCCAGUCCAAAUACAAGAGUUAAUUACUUGAGCGGUGGCGGCGCACCAGGUGGAGCUGGCGCGACUGCAGAAUCACCGCCCGUCGGAGCAGCUGCCUCGGGCGCCAGUCACUGGGCGCAAAAGCUACGACUAUCAGGCAGUGGAGCCUGCAUAGCUGCUGGAGAUCCUCAAACCAUUCUGCAGCGCAAGCUCCGCACGAGCUCCAUCAACGAUGAGACGGACAGCGGACCAGCGUACUCCAGAGGAGUCGCGGGCGCCGGAGCUGGUCUGGGACUGCCCAGCGGACCGAGGGAGAGCACCCAUUCGGCGCGGAGCAGCGGCAGCGAGAGCAAUCAUUACCUGGAGCCGGGACACAGCCUCACGCCUAUUGUCCUGACCGAAUUCAUACCCUGGGCCAUUUCCUAUUUCACGCGGCCAGGCAAGGAGCGCUACAGUAGCGCCGAGGGAUCGGCAGAGGAGGGGCGCCAACGCUUCCCAGUGGACCGAAACUCAACGGAGCUGCGACGCAGGAGGUUGCGCUUCCUGAGAAACGAUUUCGUGCGCCGACAUGCCGGCCGAAAGCACCAGGAGCUGAUGGAUCCGUACGGCUUCGAUGUGUGCGUAUGGAACCGGAAGACACAGUUCACGCCUUCCAUCGUGAAGCUGCUGCCUUACGAGCCGCAGAUUGCAGUGGCCUACAGGGAGAAGGUUCUGGUGUACGACUUCCAGUACAAUUCGGUACGCACAUACGGCGCCGAGUCUGUUGGCGGCAACUUCACUGGCUACAGUUCCGGUUACGGAUCAGGUUCCGGAUCAUCUUCAUCGCUUAACGGCAGCACUCCGCGAAAGUCGGGCGCACAUACAAGUGGAGGAGGUGGAUUUCCCGCCGCCCCCUUUGCCCGCGUUAGCAGCAUCGAGUUUAUCAAUGCCCAGGAUAUGGCGCUCAACUUGGUGGCACACGAAGACGGAGUGGUGCGCGUCUGGCAAUCCUCGCCGCCGGCCAGCUCUGGCACCUCCGAGGAUACCCCGAGCAAGGCCCGACUGGUGACUGCUUGGACAGCUCUGGGCCAGGUUAACCAACACAACCACCGUCAGCGCAGCGUGGCUUCCGGCGGAAGCAUUGGCAAGGGCGCGGACGCAUCGGGAUUGUCGAGCGGAGCGAUUGGCUCGGGAGGCAUUGUGACCGCAUGGCAGCAAUGCAGCCAACACCUCGUGAUAGGCGGCGGUGGCUGCCGAUUUAUCCGCAUUUGGGACGUGGAAAGGGAACUGAAGCUGGCAGAUAUUCCAUUGGGUCGCAGCGAAACCUGCGCCCGGGUGCUGUCACCCUACCUGCCCAACAUGCGUUCCGAUGUGAUUCUCGCCGGCUGCGACGACGGCAGUGUGCGACUGUUUGACAAGCGAUGUCCGCCGCAGGACGCCGGGAUCUCCGCUUAUCGACGCCACAGUGCCCCCAUUCUACACGCCAGCCUCCGGGGAAACGGACUGGUGCUGGUCUCCGGCUGCACUGAAGGUCGGAUCAGUGUGGCGGACUUGCGUGGGAGCCAGUCCCCCAUUAACCCCUUCGAUGUUGUGUACGAGUGGGACGCCGGUGCCGAUGUGACGGCCAUAACCAGCCACCAGUUGGAGGACACGGUGGCCUGCGGGAAUGCCUCCAAGAUCGUGAUCUACUCGCUGGACGGACGGCAGCAGAAGGUGCUGCGGACGAACGAGGGUUUCAUUGGCCCCAAGAUCGGUCACCCCACGUAUCUGUAUUUUCACCCAUACAAAGCCCAGCUGGCGGUGGGCUUCGUGGACAAUACAGUGGCCAUAUACAGCCCCACCCCAGUUCUAUAAGGGCUGUGGAAAGUGGAAAACUGACGUCGAUAAGAAUCCCGAAACCUUGGUCAACGCACGCAGGUUCCUAGCAGAGCCGCAGAU